AAUGGGGCAUUCACGGGUCACGAUUCUCUAUCUUUACAUUGCCAUCUGUGGAGCAGCAGAGCCUCGACAACACCAAGUGGCCAUACUUUUUCAAUAUUCUCCUUUCUACUAUUACUGCUUUGUCUUAAGCCUCAAUCCCCCUCACUGCCUAGCUACCUACUCUCUAUAACCAGCCAGUAGCAACCAACAUGUCGGUUUCAUCGUCUUUUUCUUUCUCUCUGUUGGCCACCACUUUCCUCUUGCUGCAUGCCCCUCUACGCACCUCGGCCAAGGCCGCCCCUGCCGCUGCCCGCGCCGGCCGCCGACUUCCCCGCCAACUCUCUGUGAACUACUACGCCAAGUCCUGCCCCCAGAUAGAGCAGCUGGUGGGGGCCGUCACUGCCCAGCAGUUCAAGGAGGCGCCGGUCUCCGGACCGGCCACCAUUCGUCUAUUCUUCCAUGACUGCUUCGUCGAAGGGUGUGAUGGGUCGAUAUUGAUAUCGACUAGACCAGGAGGCAAAGAAUUGGCUGAGAGGGAUGCGCAGGAUAACAAGGACCUCCCAAAGGAGGCAUUUGAUAGCGUAUACAAGGCCAAGGCAGUGGUGGAGAGCAAGUGCCCUGGUGUUGUAUCCUGCGCCGAUAUUCUUGCCAUUGCAGCCAGAGACUUUGUUCACUUGGCAGGAGGACCUUAUUAUCAGGUAAAGAAAGGCAGGUGGGAUGGAAGGAUAUCAAAGGCUUCCAGAGUACACUGGAAUCUUCCCCAUGCAAAUUCCACUAUUGAUGAACUUGUUAAGCUCUUCACUACCAAAGGGCUUAAUAUCAGCGACCUAGUUGUGCUUUCGGGUGCACAUACAAUAGGAUUUGCCCAUUGUCAACACUUUGUGCGCCGAUUAUACGACUACAAGGGCACCAAGCAGCCUGAUCCUGUCAUUGAUCCAAGGCUCCUAAAAGCCCUAAGAAUGUCCUGCCCCCAUUUUGGUGGCAAUGCGGAUAUCGUGGCACCAUUUGAUGUCACCACUCCUUUCUCAUUUGACAAUGCCUACUAUGGGAAUUUGGAGGCCAAAUUGGGGCUGUUGGCCACAGACCAAGCUCUGUUUUUGGAUCCGAGAACACGGCCUUUGGUUCAAGCUUUAGCAAAGGACAAGCAAAAGUUUUUUCAAGCCUUUGGAGAGGCUAUGGAGAAAAUGGAUUCAGUCGGCGUAAAAAGAGGAAGGAAACAUGGGGAGAAAAGGAAAGAUUGCAGCAUUCACAUGCUAUGAUGCAGGGCUUUUUGCUAUAUAUUUUGUUCACUUUCUCUUUUAUCACAUUUCUACUGCAUUUUUUCUCCAUUCUUUCAAAGUUUGGGUAAUGUAAAUGAGGCUCACCCAUUUGUCUCUCUUCACAAAUGUGGAUGGGAUAGAGGUUUCUAUCACACAAGGCAUUAAGACUUUCUACUCCAUAAUUGCUAAAAGGCAGAAGGAAUAACAGAUGCCAACGAUGUGCUUUGUGCUCACCUAAAGCCAAGUCAGUCU